AUGUUUGCAGAUGGCUGCACCUCAGCCUUCUGGAAAUGGACGGAUGGCCUCCCCAUCGUUGGCUGGGACCCGGGUUACGGUAUAAGCAUUGAUACCAACCUGCGCUGCAUGCCCGAGGCCGCCACCGCGUGGUGGGACCAGGACUGGCUGGGGCCCAACAGCGAGACGGUUACGAGUCUCGGCCCUCUUACCUGCCCGGAACCCUUUAAACAGGUCACCACCUCAUUCGCGGACGCCUCUUCGACCAGUGUCGCUUGUUGUCCACCCGGUUACAAUUUUGCAUCCUGGGCUGACCAGGGAACGGCGAUGCAGUGCUAUAGCGUCGUCGGCUCCGGUACCGCCAUCACGUACCACACCAGGAACAAUUACAAGCAGUGGGUGGCCACUACUCUGACGACCAAUACUACCAAAACCGUGUACGGCGUCCAUAUCAACGGCUGGGUCUUCGCCGAGGAGACAGGCAGUCCCGAGUCUACGGCCAUGGCAUCCAGCACUUCUUUAGCAACAGAUGAUGGGGCGCUCAGCACCGGUGACAAGAUCGGCAUCGGAAUCGGCGUCGGGAUGGGCGUCGCCGGGCUCGCGGCCCUGGCCGUGGGGCUCUUUAUGAUGCGGCGGGCGAAGAGGUUUCAUCACCCACGGCACCAACAAGAACGGCAGCUACAGCAACAACAAACGACGCAGAAAGAUGGUCCAGGAUGGCGUUCCGCUUCCGCGCCCCCAGGGGCUCACCGUGACAGCGCGGCGGUGGGGGAUAGAUACGUGGCACCGCCGAGCGAGCUCUACAGUACAUAG